CCCACUGAGCUCACGGUUCACGUCCAUACUGUACUUCUAGUAAUCGUCAAAUAUACCUUCUUCCUCUCCGUCAAACAUCCUUCGCUAUGGCUUGACUAUGUCGGCUGUUCUUUUCACAACCUCCAGUAUCGUUGGCUUUGCUACGUGUCUGGACUCUGAACCGUACUGGGUCGUUGCAUGGCUAGGUCUAAUAAAAGUUCAUCUUAUCUCCGAGAGUCUGAGAGUAUUUCCAUGCUCCUAUGAUACUCUCUCAAUAGAUUUACUUGUACACAAGGAGAGCAAGUUCAACUGUCACGAACUUGUCACAGUCAUGCCGAGAUGCCGCACGCUGCCGAUCAUGCCGAGAGGCAAAGCGGCGUCAACAAUGCACACGAUCAAGGCCGUGUGUGCUCCCCGUCGCCCGCAUCCUCAAGAACACCCGCCCGCCGCCAAAGUGAGUGUCCUCGCCGUCUGGAAUGCUGUCGGAACGCCCUACGGUCCUUCUCUAUGUCGAAAUGCCCGACGAGAGUGCCCGCGAUGCGUCGGAUUGGCGUUUGCACGGUCGGAUACCGCAAAGAUUUCCGAUCGGGCGACUUCCCUCAAUCGUAUCCCGACUUUGCAGCCAUACCUACCCAGACCUUCCGACGAAGAGCACUCUUGCUAACGACCGCCUCGUAGAAUGUCUUUCGUGGAGUACCAGGUCGUGGGUCGCCACCUGCCCACCGAGCAGGACCCGAACCCCAAAAUCUACCGCAUGCGCAUCUUCGCGCCCAACGAGGUGGUCGCCAAGUCGCGGUUCUGGUACUUCCUUCGGUGCGUCCCCUUCCCA